UAUCUCUAUAUAACAGCUCCCAAGUUAUAUUCUCGAGUUCUCGAGACUAGCAUACUGCUACUGUCGAUUGUGCCCAUCGAAACAAGACUCGGUUUGUGGAGCAGACCCGGUACGACAACGACACACUAAAACUUCCCUUGUUCAUAUAUAAUAAUAUUCGAUUCUAUAUAACUUAGUUGGCAUCGUGUCGUGACACUUAAACGUGCUCGGAGUUGUUAGUUGACGCGCGAGUUUCACCGCUUAAAGGUAUUGGCUCUCUCAGUAUCUGUCACUGCUUGUAAAGACAAGCAUUCAUCAUAUAUGAUAUAAUACCUUUUCUGUUGUUCGUCUCUGAAUAAGACCAAAGACGAGCACUCUCAUUUUACAACUAAAAAUUUAUCAACUGUUUUUGUCGUCAUGCACACCAUUUAAAUCGAUAUUUCACCUUCUAUCUUCCUGGUGUGUUUGUGUUUGUGUCUCUCAAACUCUAUAACUUCCAUGCAACAGUUACUACCUCCGUGACAUUUUACGUGUCCUAGUGACUUUUAUUGUAUUUUAUUAUUAUUUUUUACGCUGAUACGUCAAGAUCAAAAGUGCUUCUUUAUAGUUAAUUUGUUAAAGUGUCCGUAUUUACAAUACAUUUUUAAUCACCCAAUUUUUACUUAAUUACGGUACGGCCUAUGAUGUUAAUUUAUAUAUUAUUGAAUCUAAUCUACAUACUCUAAUAUUGUAUUAUACUGCAUUAUAUGAAGGUCAAUUAAAUAAUUGGUUAUAUAUUUAUAGUAUUAGAUACACGGUUGCCAUCGACGGAAAGCGUUAAUUUCAUAAACCUCGCAUGUGACUAAAUUUAUAGGUUGUAUUAUACACGAUACGACAUAUAUGUUGCAUACGCGACAUACUUUGUCAGUUAUACAAGUUGAUAAGUGUGUUGACGCUACAUGAUCGUUAACGGAUCCACUUCUACUACUCCUACUACUACUAUAGUAUACUGAUAUCUCUACCUCAGCUUUCACCAAUACAAUACAAUAUAAUAAUAAUUUAUAAAAUACUAAUGCUAAUUCCGUACCACAUUAGACUUCGGGCACUAUAGUUAUUAGUAGCUUGUCCUACGUCGAUCCUUAGGACGAUUUAGUUCUAUAAAUAGUACCACUCAUUGUCAUUUGUCCACAGGAUCGAUUUUCGCGUGUGCGGUUAAUGUUGCAUUAUAUUAUACGCUGAGUGUUUAUAUUUAAUAUAACGUCUGCUAGUGGCAACAUAUAUAAUAACUAUAAGUAUAUAACUGUCUAGUUCUCCUAUUCGUCAUUAAGACUUUGUAGUAAUGAGUGCUUCCGGGGCAAUACCAUUAAUUUUGGCCUCCAAGGAGCAUGUUAUUAUCGAAGGCGAUGGAGGCACCGCUGGGGAUGGCGAGCCCAUUGUUGGGGGUGGCAAUUCCGAGAAAAAGCCUGGAUAUGAGACUAACCUUUACUUGUACAGCGAAGACCUGGACAAUCGACCCCGGGUCACCACUCUACUCAACAAUUUGGCGAGCUACAGCAACACGAUUCCGGUUGCUACCGAUCCAGAUGCUAAAUCACCACCUCCUGCUGGUGCUCCUGGUGGCGCACGUAUGGGCACCAUUGUCGGUGUCUUUUUGCCUUGUAUCCAGAAUAUCUUCGGUGUCAUUCUCUUUAUUCGUCUCACGUGGGUCGUUGGUACUGCCGGAGCUAUUCAGGGAUUCCUCAUCGUUCUCUGCUGCUGCUGUGUCACCAUGUUGACGGCAAUAAGUAUGAGUGCCAUCGCAACGAACGGUGUAGUACCUGCGGGAGGAUCGUAUUUCAUGAUAUCAAGAAGUCUCGGUCCAGAAUUCGGUGGUGCUGUUGGUAUGUUAUUUUACACCGGGACCACUUUAGCAGCUGCUAUGUACAUUAUUGGAGCUGUUGAAAUUGUUUUAACGUACAUGGCACCCUCGGCAAGUAUCUUUGGAGACUUUACCAAGGACCCAAAUAUUAUGUACAACAAUUUCCGAGUGUACGGCACCGGGUUAUUAAUGGUGAUGGGUACUAUCGUAUUUAUCGGGGUGAAAUUUGUCAACAAGUUCGCUGGAGUCGCACUUGCCUGUGUCAUCUUGUCUAUCAUCGCAGUUUAUGUUGGACUCUUUACUAAUAUCAACGGCAAUGAUGCUCUCAAGAUUUGCGUGCUGGGUAAACGGCUGCUGAAAGACAUCCCCAUAACGGCGUGUUACAAAAACGAAACGGGCCCGCUUGCAGAUAUUUUCUGCAACAAAACCACCCGAGUGUGUGAUGCUUACUAUUCUUCGCAUAACGUAUCCAUCAUCAACGGAAUCAAGGGACUUUCUAGUGGCGUUUUUCUAGAAAAUUUGUGGGGCAGUUUCCAAGAAGAAGGACAGUAUGUUUCCUACGGAGCUGAUCCAGUAGAUACCGACAAGAUAACAGAAUCUACUUACAAUUUUGUCCCCACUGAUUUGACUACCGCGUUUACUAUUCUUAUUGGUAUUUUCUUCCCUUCUGUCACAGGUAUAAUGGCUGGUUCAAACCGUUCUGGAGAUUUAGCCGACGCCCAAAAAUCAAUUCCAAUUGGUACAAUAUGCGCAAUAAUAACAACUUCAAUCGUGUAUUUAUCAAGCGUGUUGCUAUUUGCGGGAACAGUUGAUAAUUUACUGCUGCGUGAUAAAUUUGGUCAGAGUAUCGGUGGUAAAUUGGUAGUGGCGAAUAUGGCUUGGCCAAAUCAAUGGGUAAUACUUAUUGGUUCAUUUUUGUCAACCCUUGGCGCUGGACUACAAUCAUUAACCGGAGCACCGCGAUUACUACAAGCGAUCGCAAAGGACGAAAUCAUACCCUUUUUGACACCAUUUGCCGUAUCAUCGAGCCGGGGUGAGCCAACUCGGGCAUUAGUGCUGACCAUCGUAAUUUGUCAAUGUGGAAUACUUUUGGGUAACGUCGAUUAUUUGGCUCCUCUGCUGUCCAUGUUCUUCCUUAUGUGCUACGGAUUUGUAAACUUGGCCUGCGCCCUUCAAACUUUACUCAAGACACCGAAUUGGCGACCAAGGUUCAAAUUUUACCACUGGAGUUUGUCCUUUCUCGGGCUGUCACUUUGCAUCGCGAUUAUGUUUAUGACCAGCUGGUACUACGCACUUCUGGCGAUGGGUAUGGCCGGGUGUAUCUACAAGUACAUCGAGUACCGAGGAGCCGAAAAGGAAUGGGGAGAUGGAAUUCGCGGUCUUGCCUUGUCAGCAGCAAGAUAUUCUCUCCUUAAACUAGAAGAAGGUCCACCGCAUACCAAAAACUGGCGCCCACAAAUUUUGAUCCUCGUUAAACUGACAGAGGAACUGGUGCCCAAGUACCGUAAAUUAUUUGCAUUUGCAAGUCAAUUGAAGGCGGGACGUGGAUUAACAGUUUGUGUCAGCUGUGUAAAGGGCGAUUAUACCAAAAAUUCUGGUGAGGCAUUGGCUGCGAAGCAAAACCUCAGGCGAAUUGCUGAUGAAGAGAAAGUUAAGGGGUUCGUUGAAGUACUGGUCGCUGGAAAUACUAUUGAUGGGAUCAGUGCAUUGAUACAGACCACCGGAUUGGGCGGAAUGAAACCCAACACUGUGAUACUGGGGUGGCCGUACAAAUGGCGUCAAUCUGAAGACGAUAAUACUUGGCGUGUUUUUAUUCAGUCGGUACGCAAUGUUACUACGUCACGCAUGGCUUUGCUCGUACCUAAAGGCAUUAACUUCUUCCCUGACUCGACGGAAAAAGUUGUCGGGUACAUUGACGUCUGGUGGGUAGUUCACGACGGAGGGUUACUUAUGUUACUGCCGUUCUUGCUCAAACAACAUCGCACAUGGAAAAAUUGCAAGAUGCGAAUUUUCACAGUCGCACAGAUGGAGGACAACUCUAUUCAGAUGAAAAAGGAUCUCAAGAAGUUGUUGUAUAAUCUACGUAUUGACGGUGAAAUUGAAAUUGUCGAAAUGAUGGACUCGGACAUUUCGGCGUACACUGUCGAGCGUACUCUGGUAAUGGAACAAAGGAAUCAAAUGCUACGCGAGCUGCAGCUGAACAAAAAAGAGUCCCAGGGAUUGGUGCCGACAUUGGUGGAAUUCAACGAGGUACACACCGAAGAAAAGUUACCUCUGGUACAAGCUGUCGUCGACCAUCACCACAGUGUUGACGUGAAAACUGCAACCAAGGUGCGGUUCCAAGAACCGAACUCACAACAACCCAAUGGAAUUGAAGAGUCUCAGGAUAAAUCUGCGACUCAAGAGAACCCCGCGAGUAAGGAGGGCGAUGCUGUUGAGAGCAAUGAAAAAUCCGAAGAUGCUGCUGAUAACAAAGCUGUUGGUUCCCCUAAGCCCGACGUUAAGGAAAAGAGCGACAAGGAAACUAAAGAAAACGAUACAUCUGGAUCGGCGACUAAGAAACCUAUUGCUCCAGACCAAGAUGACGUGAGACGUAUGCACACAGCUGUUAAAUUGAACGAAAUUAUAGUUAACAAGAGUCAUGACGCCCAAUUGGUAAUAUUGAACUUACCUGGUCCGCCUAAAGAUACGAGAAUUGAACGAGAAGCCAAUUAUAUGGAGUUCCUUGAAGUAUUAACCGAGAGCCUGGAAAAAGUAUUAAUGGUACAUGGCGCAGGCCGUGAAGUAAUUACAAUGUACUCGUGAAGUGAACUGGCAGUAAUUAAUAACCUCAACAAACAUAAUAACUACAACCAUCAGGAACGCUUCUACGACAACAAAAACCACCACCUUGACAUUCUCCACCGUCUUACUUAUUUCAGAUCUAUCGAUAAGAGCGGGAUGUCUUACACUAAUAUCGUGCCAUCGUGCGCGGCAUGACUUAAGUUUAGCUGCGUCACUAUCAUUUAAAAAAAAUGAUAAAUAUUAAUUAAUUAAUUAAAUAACUUAAUACUUAAAUUAACUAAACUAACUUACUACUAAUUACUAACUAAUGAUCUAAGGAUUGCGUUUGUUUCUUACUUUAAAUAGACUCUUACUACAUAGCUCGACGUAUGAUUAAGUAUAAACUAAUAUAAAAUUAAUAAUAACUUUAAUAUUAAUUACUAAAGAUAAGAUUAACAAUAAUAAUAACUUAUAACAUAACGAUAAGAAUAACAUUAAUAAUUAAUAAUAAUUAUAAUUUAUAAUUAUAUAACAAUAAUGAUCGCACGAGGACGAGAUGGAGAUUCCAUUAAAGCGGACUUACCUUCUGGUCUCGUGACGUCCGAAUAUUCUAACAACUUAUCGAUGCCAAAGUUACGUGCCAAUGGAUAAGUUUACUUUACGUGGAUUCCGCAGGUAGCACAGCGUAAAGAGAAAAAAAUUAAAUUAUUUAAAAAUAUUGAUUGAUAAGUAUUGUAAUUAAGUAAAAUAAUAUAGAUAUAAAAUCAGUAAAUGGCAAAAAAAAAUUAAGAUGGUAGAUAAUGCACUCUUUGUUAGGCGGCACUUGCUCUUUUAACCGAGAAUGAAGCUAUGAAUUUCGCUAUUAGAAAAAAAUAAUAAUCGAAUCGAUUUCAUUUAAAUCGUCCUAAAGAGUAAAACCCAAAAAUUCUUAGAUACGAGCACGCAAACGAAGAGCUAGUCUUAGUCCUCCGAAAAAAAUAGAAGCAAAAUAAAAUUAAUAUUAAUAAAUUUUAAUCCAUCUCAUUGAAACGCAAAUCAAAACUCCAAAUAAAUAAAAAUUUUAAAAUUAUAAUUGCAGUUAAAGUCGAAGCAUCUAUGAAAAAUCACUGCCAGUAAUAAUUUCUAAAUGCUUCGGCAUUUAAUUGACAUUUAAAAUUUAUUAAAGAAUGAUAUAGGCUCAUUUUUCUACAUGCAUUGUCGUUAGACAGUUGAAUGUGUGUAAUGUCACUGCUUGUUAGAUUA